CAUUGUUUCCCUUCCUCCGGUUCACCAGCAUCGCCUUCCAUGAAUUGAAGCUCUUCUACAGAUGUCAUGGACCCCUACUCCAUCACAGUCGGGGCCACAGGGCUGGCAGACGUCACCCUUCGUGUCAUCAGCUAUCUCGUCUGUCUGAAAGAAGCCUACGGGAAGAUCCAGCUUGAGAUCGUCGAAUUGACCAACGAAAUCCGGGGCCUAGCAACUAUUCACGAGUCUGUCGAGAACUUAUUGUAUCUCGGGCGUGACAGGAACACUCUGAGCUCACCAGGAGAUGACGGACCCAUUGUUCAGAUUCAGACGCGUUUGGCAUCUAUUUUGCAGCAGAGCACAGGGACCAUCGAACAGCUCGAGGCUUUGUUGAUCGAAGUCGUCGGAAAGAAAGGUGCCGUCGUAACUGGAAAGAUCGACGGUCUGAGAAAGACAAUUAAAAAGCAGGGCCGAGAAGAUCAGUACAUGCGAUUACGCCAACACAUCAGCAAUUACCAGGGCAAUAUUCAAAUAUUGUUGAGUUCAUUGAACAUUUACUACAUACGUCAAUCGCUCCCGGCAAAGGAUCUCGCCGUUGGCAACUUCCCGGAAGACUUGCGACGCCAAAUCACCCGGCUAAGAAUCCAAAUAAGCAAUCUUCGUCGAGAACCCAGAACGUUGGCUGGUGCAGACAAUUCUCACUACUUAAUCGAUUCUGUGUCAGCCGUGGCAUCACUGAUCAGGUUCAACGAGCAUUUUGACAUUCCGCAGAACGUCAGCAGUUAUUACACCGGUCGGCAGGGGCAUCUGAACGAACUGAAAUCCAUCCUCGGCAUUGAAGAAUUGCACCAGCAUCAAACCCAUCAAAAACGCUUCGUGAUUUCUGGUCUCGGCGGUUCUGGAAAGACCCAGUUCUGCUGCAAAUUUGCUCAGGACAACAGAGAAAAUUUCUGGGGUGUAUUUUGGAUCGACGGAAGUUCCAGCGAAAACGCCCAACGUUGCUACUCAGAAAUUGCCAAGAUUGGUGGCGUCGAACCCAAUAAAAAUGCAGCGAAGAACUGGCUCUCUGGCCUUCAGUUACCCUGGCUGCUUCUUAUCGACAAUGCGGACGAUCCAGAGAUUGAUGUGGCGCGCUACUUCCCGGGGGGCGAAGGGGGUGUAAUACUGAUUACCACGCGCAACCCGAGCACCAGGAGGCACGGUACGGAAGGUGUCAGGUUUUUCCAUUUCGACAAACUGGAGACCGAGGAGGCUAGCGAUCUUCUUCUGGCGGCAGCAGUACUGCCGCGUCCUUGGGGAGUACCGACGAGGAGCCACGCAAACCGAAUCGCCCAAGUCCUCGGAUAUCUGCCCCUCGCUCUCAUCCAUGCCGGGAAAACAGUUUUGGACAAGCUGUGUUCCCUCAGUGACUAUCCUGAAUACUACGAACGAACUUGGAACAGAAUUCGCCAUUCCCGAAGUCGAAGAGCCUCCCGUGGCCAUGACGAUGAGCAUGCGUCGAGCAUGAGUGUAUAUUCCUCGUAUGAGAUGAUCUAUGUGGGCCUCGAAAACAAGAUCGACCAGCGAUCAAGGGAUGCCCUCGAACUAUUAAAGAUGUUCUCAUUCUUCUACCGUGAGAACAUCGAGUUCAAUCUGAUCAAAACUGCGGCAAUGAACCCGCGGCGGGAGCGACAAGAGGCCCAGGCUACAGAGAGCAUUGAGGAACAACUCGUCCAUGAAGGACCUCAGACAUGGGCGAACCAGUUGUACAGCUGGGCUGUGGCGGUUUUGGGACCGCUGCAGAGGGGAAGAUCCGCUCUCCCUCAGGUUCUGUGGGAUGAGGAUGACACACCAUUCGACGAAGACCGGCUGCGCAUCGCACUGUCUCUCCUUGUUCGCCUUGGGAUGGUGACCUUUCACGAUGCGAACAACAGCUAUUGGAUGCAUCCAUUGGUGCAUACAUGGGUGCGGCAGAGACCUGAUACCAGUACGGCUGAGCAGGCGUUGUGGUGUCAAGUGGCAUCCACAGUACUGGCGCAAUCCAUCUUUCUCCAAGCUCCACGUGCAUAUGCGGGUCAGGAUGAAAGGUUCAAAAGACAGAUUCAUCCUCACGUGGAACAUGUGCGAAGGUUGCAGAAAGAAAUCAACAAUCGUUUAGAAGACAAUCAGCGAGUCACCCAUUGGCUUUGGCGGUGGAUUUGGCCUACACCUUGGCAGGGUCUGCAGACAUUUCAGGCGCGGGAGUAUGUGAAGUUCAGUCUGGUAUACCUCCGUUGUGGAGAGUGGGCUAAAGCAGAGGAACUUCAACUUCAAGUGAAGAAUUACAUAUUCGCCACACUCGGUCCCAAGUCUAAAUAUGGUAUCGACAUCGCUCUCUUGUUGUCGACAAACUAUGUCUUGCAGACACGAACCAACGAGGCGAGGGUACUACAAUACCAGGUCCUGCACUCUGCUAAAUAUUAUUAUGGGUCAGACCAUCCUACGACUUUACGGAUCAUGGAUACACUCGGCCGCACGUGCCUUCUGUGCAGUCGACUUGGGGAAGCCGAUCGACUACAUAAGGAAGUGAUCGAGAAAUUGUCCAAACUGGAGGCGUUCGGCCCCGAGCACGAGAACUACUAUACGGCAGUGGACAACCUAGCCAAGGUCAGGGUUCGCUAUUUCGACAUGGAAGAGGCCGUUCGUCUGCAAGAGCUAGCUUAUAAAGGAAUGAAAAGGAUCUUGGGCCCAAUGCACAAGAAGACCUUGGAAGCCCAAGAUGAUCUGGCGGGAAUCUACGGGUUUGUCGGAGAGCAGCGACUACCACUUGCCCUUCGGAUGAGCGAAGAGGUUGUGGAAAUCCGCGUCAGGGAACUCGGACGUGAACACCCCGAAACACUCAAAUCGAAGUUGACUUUGGCAAAGAUUAAAACUGCCAUGAAUCAGUUCGACGACGCCGAAGAGAUCUUUCGAGAAGGCUUGCCUGCCGCCAAGAGAAAUCUAGGCGAAACCCAUCUCGGAACACUCGCGGCUCGAACUUGGCAUGGGCAUCUUUACUGGCGCCAAGGGCUAUAUGCGGAAGCGGCGACCAUAUGGGAAGAUGUCAUUCAAAAGCACAAUUAUGAGCAGUCGAAACGUGCGGAUGGGGAGCAUGUGGAUCGGGUGCAAGCAAUGUGGUUCCUCGUUCACUGCUAUGAGGACCAAGGCAGAAUUGAUGAUGCAAUCAAGAUCUGUGAAGAAGUGAUCCAACUUACCCGUAGCUUUGGUGGAGAGGGACUUGGACAGCAGCACAAGUUCUGGCGACAUGUGAGGGAGAAAAGCGAGGAACUACUCAGACGAAGAGAGCGACACGAGCAGCGUCUUGUCGCGGACGAAACAAAUUGCCGGCUGGCACUCGAACCUCGUAAGAAGGUGGUGAAAAACUUCACAUUCUAGAGGAUUGAACUAUGUAAGAUGCUGCUCACGAAAUUGAGCCUGGUUUGAACCAUCGGCAGGGGAGGCAUGUGGAUAGGGAGGGGUACUCGAGCAAAAUAGUUCAAGCAUCGUAUGUGAUAUCUGACUUGAGGUCGUACCUUGCGAAGGGAUAUUAUCCAAG